UUCGUCCUGUUUCAGUGAAGAUGGAAGGUGGACCACGGCCGAUGUCAGCUGAGAAAGCGGUAGAUUUAGUAUGCAAAAGCGCUGGAUCCAAGCCCCCAGCUGUUAUCUCAUGGUGGAUGGGUACCACAAGGCUAAAGCACAACAAAGAUACAGUGUCUGCUGAUGGCAACUUUACUAGCAGCGUGCUCAAUUUCAAACCAUCCAUCGAUGACAAUGGGAAGCAAUUAACAUGCAGAGCAGAAAAUCCUCUCAUAGCUGGUUCUGCACUGGAUGACACAUGGGAUUUAGAAAUACACUAUGUUCCACAACUGGUCUUGCGACUCGGCAGCAAAUUGCGACAUUUCCACAUUCAAGAGGGAAACGACGUUUACAUGGAAUGUGACAUUCGAGCUAAUCCUUGGGUGACAGAAAUUGGAUGGUCAUUUGAAGGUCGAGAACUUCACACCAAUGUCUCUGCAGGACUCAUCAUUAGUAAUCAGUCCCUAGUUCUUCAGCGAGUCCAGAGGACAAAUAGAGGUCAUUACACUUGCUCUGCUUCUAAUUCUGAAGGAAUGGGCGAAAGCAAACCUCUCUACCUUUCCAUACAAUAUUCGCCUGUGUGUGUUCCAGGACAGAAAAUUCUCUACGGGGCGACCCGUCACGAAGAGGUCAAGGUCCUCUGCGAGGUGGACGCUGAUCCAACGGAUGUCACAUUCCGCUGGAGCUUCAACAAAUCUGGAGAGAAUAUGGAAGACGUGCCCUUCGUCAGUGAUGGCACACGAAGUACUGCAACAGUCACAGCCAAAACAGACUACGACUAUGGAACCUUAACGUGCUGGGGCACAAAUAGCGUUGGAACCCAGAGAGAGCCCUGUGUGUAUACAGUCAUCACUGCAGGUCCACCAGAUCCGGUUCAAAACUGCACAAUCAUGAACAUCACCCAACAUUCCUUUCGUCUCGAAUGCAUGGAAGGAGCAAAUGGGGGUUUGCGGCAGCAUUUCGUCAUGGAGGUUCAUGAUACAGUGCUGCAUAGGCUACGAGGCAACCAAACAGCUGAUAUACCUUUCUUCUUGGCUCGAGAUUUACCGCCAGCCACAAAUUUUGUGGUGGUGGUGUAUGCCGUCAAUGCCAAAGGAAAAAGCCAAGCUGUGGUGCUGCGAGUAAACACUUCUCAAGCAAAAACUAACGACCAACGAAAAGGUGCGUUGAUGAAUUUAUACCUGAUUAUGAAAUUUAAAUUGGCGAGUAUUCUAAAAUGUUGUUUGUGUAAUAGGAAACAUGAGAUAGAUGAGUAUUAG